UCUCUUGUUCUCUCUCACUCUUUGUAUGUAUCUCUUUAUCUCUAUGUAUCCCUACCAGUCCCCUAGAUAGAGGGGCACUUGUCAACUUGAAUCCCUGAAGAUACCUAAUGACUUACCCGGACACAGCAUAGAAGGGCCCUGGCCCUCAUCUACCCCACACCGCUCCCCAUUCACUGUAGAAGGGAAAAUUGAGGACCAGAAAGCCCAGGGCCUCACUGAAAUGCAGCGGCAGAGUUGAAACUCAAGCCUAGAUCUCACGACUCUAGGUAGGAUCCUGGCUCUGGCUCUCUCCCCGACUGCAGGCCUGUUUACCCCUCAGCACCCAUAAGGGGAAGGGGGACCUGGGCCACCAUUCCCCCUUCUGCCUUCUCACAUGUUGGACCCUAACUUCUCACAGACUAGAUGAUCCACAAUCACAGCAUGGGGCCCAGCCUCAUAAGAGCUGGGCUAGGUGAGGCCCCAGGCCCCAUAGGUCAGGAGGCCUAGUUGACCAGAGUAUGGUGAUGAUGGAAGCGUGUCCGUCAGUCAGGUUUUGUGUCCCCAGAGCUGGUGCUGGUCUCUGAGAAUGUUGAUCGUGGGGCCCGUCCAGAGAGUUUGGUGGUGGGUUCUGUAUUGGCAAAGGUGGAGGCUUUUCCAGCUCCCCCUGUGAGGCCCAGGCCAAAGGCACACCAGCCUCAACCUCCUCCUCCCCGUGUUGCCAUCUCUGGCGGAACGGCCAUGAAUUUGGGAAUGUUGUUCCAGAGUAGACAGAGAGACAGGCCCUGCGGAGGCUGGCCGUGGUUCCAGGCCUGGUAGGCAAGAGGCCCUAUGAAGCAGCGAGCUGCCUGACCUUCAGGUGGUUCCAGGGAGUUUGGACACCAGAGACACUGGCCUAUAUACAUACUGAGAAGUUAGGACUGUAGACCCCACAGUCUGUGGUUUUGAGAUUCUAGGAUCCUUUAAAUCGAAGGAAUGCUGUUUUAUGAUUCUGAGGUCCUGGUGUUAUACUAUUUGAAGACCCCAGGGGUCCCAUGCCUGGUACUCUCAGAGCUUCAAACCUGGAUCCUCUCUACAACUCAAGAAGGGCCAGGCCUACAGAGCCAGGGGGUUGUCACAGUGGCCAGAUGGACAUCACCUACCACAUCCACCAGCACCCACGUCACCCCACCUGGGCCAAGCCUGCUACAGGACAGGGCAGACAGUUCUCGGAACGAAACCUAUGGGGUGGGGUAUCUGCCCUCUUCUCUUCCUCCGUGGUGUCGAUGAAGCCCAGCGCAUCCGGCCGCCAUGACGUCAAUGGCGGAAAAAUCUGGGCAAGUCAAGGGCUGUGACAACAGGCCCCAGAUGCAGACCCCGAUAUGAAAACAUGAUCUGUGUCCCAGAAACAUCCCCCAUUCAGCUUCUGAGAAACCUAGUCAGAAAGGGACGUCCCAACAGACAGUGCAGGAAGCCAGCUGCCCAGCCCGACCCUCCAGGUCCCCUACUCCCAGACAGAUCAUCUCCAUGUCCUUGUCUGAGAAUGUAUCUAUGCUUCGCUGAGUCAGGCCAUCCCACAUGUGUUGGGGAGAAUUCUUAGCUCUGGCCACAUGUCCAGGCAGCUUCAGAAGUGACCGCAGGCCAGCUGCGUGGGCCAGACCAGAAUGAUGGAAAACAUCCGUUCGCACCAAAAUCGGUAUUAGUUUGUUCUGGCUGCUGUAACCAAGUACCACAACCGAGUGGCUUCAGCAACAGAAAUUGAUUAUCUCACAGUACUGGAGGCCGGAGUCCAAGAUCAAGGUGUUGGCAGGGUUGAUUCCUUCUGGGGGCCGUGAGGGAGAAGCUGUUCCAGGCCUCUCCCCCAGCUUCUGGUCGUUGAUGGCGAUCUUUGUUAUUCCUUGGCUUGAAGGAGCAUCACCCCAUCUCUGGCUUCAUUCAUUCACUCAUACAUUCACUCACAUCAUCUCAUCAGUACUCUCACAGACCCUUGUUCGGAGCCUCCACCCACAGUCUGGAUUCUCACACAGUAAUGUUCUAAGCCCCCAGGAGAGUAAGAACUUAAUACCUGUAUUCUCACACUCAUCUCCCUCAGCACCACAGCUCUGACAACCCCCAGGGGGUGACAGCAAAGAAAGGAAGGGACAACUGCCACCCCACAACCCUUCUAUACUCCCCCAGGCUGCUGUCGGCAGCUGUGUGCCCAACUCAGUGUUGUGAGGUGGAACGGGGAGACAGGGAGACAAGACAGACAGACAGACACAGACACAGACACACACACACACACACACACACACACACCGGAGAGUUUGUAAAAUGUGCACAUGGACACACACUUCCUAAAGAAAGUAGAGUUCUCAAAUCGCUGUGAGACUAUGAAACUCAGCAUCUGAGCAUCCCCUUCCGUAAAAUGGGGUUGGCUAGGCAGUCCCUUCCAGCCCUGGCUUCCUCUAAGGCCAGGAUUACAGGAUCCCGAAAAGCCAAGGCUUCCCUCAGGAAGUGGAAUGUUCUGGGGUUCAGCAGAGGGACCUGGAGCCAUUGUGGAGAGCUUUCAAGGUGAAGACAAUAGAAGAGCAGGCCUUGCAUGGCUUAGACAGGGGAAGAGGAGAAGGAGUGGGCAUUCCAGGCAGGGCAAGUAGCAUGAGCCAGGCUUGAGGGCCAGAAAUUGAGGUGAACUCUGAUGGGGGCUGGGCUGAGGAGUUUCCACAGGCCCCAGUUCAAAAAAGCCCAUCUCUCCUCCUCUCUGGCACCUGCCGUGCUAGAUCCAUGCAUGAUCACACUUCUGGACUCGCCUCCUUGCCCUGAGAUCCAGACUCCCUUAUUCAGCUGCUCCCUCAGCCUCUCCACUCACACAUCUAAUGCCAGACUCUUCAUGUCCAUCCACAGCUGCACUUUCACCCCUAACCCCACUCCCUGCCAUAUCCCCCAUCUCAGGUAAUGUCCGCUCAGCCCUUCCAGCUACUCAAGCUAAAACCCAUGUCACUUUGACCCUCCCUCUCUUACCCACUACAUCCAAGCUGCCUGCACUGCUCCCGAUCCAGCUUCAGAUUAGUCUCAGAAUCUACCCACUUCUCACCUUCUCCACUGCCACCAGCCCGUUCUGUGCCAGCAUCAUCGCUUGCCAGGACUGUUGCAAUAGCCUCCUCACUAGCCCCACUCACAGCACCCAGAUGAAUUUUUUGAGUCCAUGCUUAGUCACAGGGCAAAAUAGGACUCCCAGGAGAAAGUCUGAGACUAGGUCCAGCAAGAUAAGCAAAGGCAGCCUAUGCAGGGUGCAGGGAGGGCUGGAGACCUGAGGCUUGAAGACAGCUCUCAAGUGGAAAGAGAAACAACCAUUGCCCUUGUACACACCAGGGCUGUGCUGGCAUGGGCAGGCAAGCCAGGUGCUGGACCUGUGCAUGUGGGGCGUGUGUGGGUAUGCACGUGUACCUGGGUUCCCGACGUGUGUGUGUGUGUGUGUGUCCUGAGCUGGGGUACAGCUGUGGGGUCCCUCGGGACAUGUCCCAGCCAAUGCCUGCUCUGACCAGAGGGGUGUCCACGUGUACCGAUGUUCCUGACGCACGUGUGUGUGGGGGUGUGUGUGUGUGUGUGUGUGUGUGUGUGUGUGUGUGUCCUGAGGUGGGGUGCAGCUGUGGGGCCCCUCGGUACAUGUCCCAGCCAAUGCCUGCUCUGACCAGAGGGGUGUCCACGUAUACCUAUGUUCCUGACACACGUGUGUGGGGUGUGUGUGUGUGUGUGUGUGUGUCCUGAGCUGGGAUGCAGCUGUGGGGCCCCUCGGGACAUGUCCCAGCCAUUGCCUGCUGUGACCAGAGGGGUGUCCACGUGUACCUAUGUUCCUGACGCACGUGUGUGUGUGUGUGUCCAGAGCUGGAGUGCAGCUGUGAGGCCCUUUGAGACAUGUCCCAGCCAAUGCCUACUCUGACCAGAGGGGUGUCCACGUGGUUCAGGUGGUCAAGUAUUUCAUACUGCCCCGGCACAUGUGUGACUCCUUUCCCUUAUGUCUAUGCAGCCUGCUCUCGGACAAGGACUCGAUGCCCAACCCCAGGCCAGUCAAGCCCUCAGCCCCUUCCUUGGCCCUUGGCCCAUCCCCAGGAGCCUCACCCAGCUGGAGGGCUGCACCCAAAGCCUCAGACCUGCUGGGAGCCCGGGGCCCAGGGGGAGCCCUCCAGGGCCGAGAUCUUCGAGGCGGGGCCCAUGCCUCCUCCUCCUCCUUGAAUCCCAUGCCACCAUCGCAGCUGCAGCUGCCCACACUGCCCUUAGUCAUGGUGGCACCCUCCGGGGCACGGCUGGGCCCCUUGCCCCACUUACAGGCACUCCUCCAGGACAGGCCACAUUUCAUGCACCAGCUCUCCACAGUGGAUGCCCACGCCCGGACCCCUGUGCUGCAUGUGCACCCCCUGGAGAGCCCAGCCAUGAUCAGCCUCCCGCAGCCCACCACCACCACUGGGGUCUUCUCCCUCAAGGCCCGGCCUGGCCUCCCACCUGGGAUCAAUGUGGCCAGCGUGGAGUGGCUGUCCAGGGAGCCGACACUGCUCUGCACCUUCCCAAAUCCCGGUGCACCCAGGAAGGACAGGUCAGUGGACAGGGCUGGGAAGGAUCCUCGACCUUCUAUCCCCUCCCCUGACACCCUUUGUUCCCCCAGCACCCUUUCGGCCACACCCCAGAGUUCCUACCCACUGCUGGCAAAUGGCAUCUGCAAGUGGCCUGGAUGUGAGAAGGUCUUCGAAGAGCCAGAGGACUUCCUCAAGCACUGCCAGGAGGACCAUCUUCUGGAUGAAAAGGGCAGGGCGCAAUGUCUCCUCCAGAGAGAGAUGGUACAGUCUCUGGAGCAACAGCUGGUGCUGGAGAAGGAGAAGCUGAGUGCUAUGCAGGCCCACCUGGCCGGGAAAAUGGCAGUGCCCAAGGCUCCAUCUGUGGCAUCAUCUGACAAGGCCUCCUGCUGCAUUGUAGCUGCUGGCAGCCAAGGCAGCAUGGUCCCAGCCUGGUCUGGCCCCCGGGAGGCCCCCGACAGCCUGUUUGCUGUGCGGAGGCACCUGUGGGGCAGCCAUGGAAACAGCACAUUCCCAGAGUUCCUCCACAACAUGGACUACUUCAAGUUCCACAACAUGCGGCCCCCUUUCACCUACGCCACGCUCAUCCGCUGGGCCAUCCUGGAGGCUCCAGAGAAGCAGCGGACACUCAAUGAGAUCUACCACUGGUUCACACGCAUGUUCGCCUUCUUCAGAAACCAUCCUGCCACCUGGAAGAACGCCAUUCGCCACAACCUGAGCCUGCACAAGUGCUUCGUGCGAGUGGAGAGUGAGAAGGGGGCUGUGUGGACCGUGGAUGAGCUGGAGUUCCGCAAGAAACGGAGCCAGAGGCCCAGCAGGUGUUCCAACCCUACACCUGGCCCCUGACCUCAGGACCAAGGAAAAGAGGAUGGACAAAACAGGGGCCAAACUGGUGGGAGGCAGAGGUGGUGGGGACAGGGAUGACAGGCCCUGGAUGUGCCCACAGGGACCAAGAAGCGAGGUUUCCACCAUCUUGCCUGCAAGGGCCCCUGUUCCCCUGUUGGCAGCCACCCCCUCCCCCAUCAUAUCCUUUGCCCCAAGGCUGGUCAGAGGGGCUCCAGUCCCAGCCCCAGCCCCCACCUCUACCCCAGACACCCCCCAGUCGAGCCCUAUAGCCAAACAGCCUGCCUCAGCUGCUCGCACAGAUGACUUCAGGGCUGGAAAAGUCACACAGACACACAAAAUGUCACAAUCCUGUCCCUCACUCAACACAAAUCCCAAAAUACAGAGAGCCUGCCUCAGUACACUCGAACAACCUCAAAGCUGCGUCAUCACACAAUCACACACAAGCCUGGCCCUGACAACCCACAUACCCCAAGGCACACACCCACAGCCAGCCUCAGGUCCCACAGGGGCACUGUCACACAAGGGUGUGCCCAGAGGCCUACACAGAAGCAGCAUCAGUACCCUCAGGAUCUCAGGUCCCACAAAGCCACACAGACACAUAAUUGCUCAUACAUGGUCUCAUGCAGCUCCCGACACAUGCUCGGUCACACACAUGGCCCGUUAGAACUCACCUGCAUAUCUCACACAUGUGCACACACACAGCCCCCCAGUGGGUCUGAGUCCCAUGCAGACACACAUAGCCACACACACUGACUUGCCAAAAAUACCCUGUCUCCCCUGCCACUCACCUCACUCCCAUGCCCUGAGCCCUGAUCCAUGCCUCAGCUUAGACUGCAGAGGAACUCAUUUAUUUGGGAUCCAAGGCCCCCAACCCACAGUACCCUCCCCAAUAAACUGCAGCUGAGCUCCCCACAUGCUGGACUAUCACCCCAGAUAAGGGCUGUGGUCAGUGGGCAGGGGUCUGGGUCCAAGGCGGCAGCAGAAGGAACUGGGCAGCAGAGGGAGUAGCGAAGGCAA